AUGUCUAGUCAAGUGAUAUCAUCAAAUAAAUUUAAGCGUCUAGUUAUUAAUAAAGCUAUGAAUUUAAUACCACGUUUAACUGAUAAUCAAAUAUUGAAGGGGAUAAAUGUUGAAAUAAACGAAAAAGAAGUGCUAGAUAUUGCCUUAUUUCUACCAGACAUUUUAAUGACUGAACCUGUUUGUCUCCAGUUAGAUUUAACUGAACCAAUUACAAUUAUCGGUGAUAUAUACGGUCAAUAUGGACAUUUAUUAAGAAUAUUAAAUUACUAUGGUCAUCCCCCAGAGAAAAAAUAUUUAUUCCUAGGGAAUUAUAUUAACCACGGACCACAGAGUAUAGAGACUAUACUACUUUUAAUUAUCUAUAAAGUAUGCUAUCCAAAGUCAAUAUACCUGCUUAGAGGUAAACAUGAGUGUGUACGGUUGACAAAAGCACACGGCUUUUAUAAAGAAUGUGGAAAGCGAUUCAGUUUAAAUUUUUGGCAUAUUCUAAUGGAAAUAUUUCAGUAUAUGCCGGUUAUGGCAAUUUUGGAAAAUGAAAUCUUCUGUGUACACAGUGGUAUCUCACCAAUGAUUGAACAAUUCGAUAUUAAAACACAAACACAAUUUAUUGCUUUUAUUGAACAAAAUAUUAUUUUACCCGCAGAUAUUGAAAAUAAUCGUUUAUUAAUGCAUUUUAUAUGGUCUGAUCCUGAUGAUGAAACACAUGGAUGGGAUCAAAAUCCAUGUGGUCAAGGUUAUCUAUAUGGAUCGAAUGCAGUGGAAGAAUUUUGCAAGCGUAUUGGUGUAAAACAAAUUGUACGAUCAAGUGAAUUAAUAUUGAAAGGUUAUGAAUUUUUUGUUAAUCCACGUUUAUUGACGAUAUUUUCAGCACCAGAUUUUACACGAAAAUAUGAAAAUGAUGCUGCUAUGCUAUAUUUGUAUAAAUUGGAUUCAGAGUUAAAGAAUAAUAAUGAUGAUAAUAAUAAUAAUAAUAUAGGUGCACAGAUUCGAUUGAUUCAACCAAUUAUACGUUUAAGGUGUAAACCAACUCUACGAAUGAAUAUUGCACUAAAUAAUAUUAGUGUUAAUUUAGCCACUGGUACAGCAGUGAAGAGUAACAGUGAACUGACCACGACCACCAGUGAAGUGUGCGUAAAUGAUGAAAAUAACUAA